AAUUGAAUGAUCAGGGGAGAUAACUGUGCACAAACUAAAACUUGUUUUGACAGAUCCCUCAUUGUUGUUUUUUAUAUAGGAAAAGUACAAUACAAUCGUACAACAGAAGACAAUGGAUGGGAUGAUGGCACCAUCAAUGCUUUCUUCAUUAUGUGAUAUGAUGAGACCUCCAGAUGAGGAAUCAGAUAGUGAUGAAGACAAGCCCGUUUCAUCUAUAGCACAGCUGACACCUGGAUGUAUCGGGCCUGCUAAAAAGAACAAUUCAUCGGGUCAAAACAAUACAGCUAAGAAGGACACAAAAGACAUAUGGGAUGCCGAAGAGGUGCAAGAAGGAGCAGAGUUUGAGUCCAUAUAUGACCCUCGUCCUCAGCCUGAGUAUGACAUUGUCUACAAGCAGGCUGUUACUUCAGAAGAUAUGUUUCUACAGAUGGGCAACAAAACACCAUCCACUGCUUCGUGCGAAGAAAUGGUGGUGAAAGUCAAACUUCCAGGUACCAAGCUUGCUGAUGUUACAUUAGAUGUGAAAACCAAAUUUUUGGAUUGUAGAACACCAAAUUAUUUUCUUGGCCUCCACUUACCUCAUCCAGUGGACAGCAAAAGUGGCAAAGCCCAAUGGGAUGGCAAGUCAGAGACAUUGAGUGUGACCUUGAAAAUGACCCGCGAAUAUGACUUUAUGAACUUCUGAGCAGUUUUGGAGAUGAAGCUAGGUCUUGAAGCACAGACAAGUGAUAUUUUAAAAGUUAUCGUGUUCUCCCAAUGGAGAAUCAGGUGGACAAAGCAAGACAUAAAAAUAUAUGUACGUGCUUGAACUCUUCUUUGUUAUCAAUAAUAAUUAAAUUAUUUUGAUAGCUAUUUGAUUUCAGGUUACAAACAAAGGAUCUAUCUAAGUCUAUUUGUGUUCCUAUUUGGUCUAUUAAUGUUUAAAAGAAAGCAAAUUAAAAGUACAGUCAAACCUGAGGACAGAUGUCACCCAUGAGCAAUGGCCAAAGUGACUGCUGUAGACAGUUGACCAUUGUUUUCAGUAGACCACUUUUUAGAUGGUUGCUUAGCUGGUAGUUUUGCGUAAAACAUUUCUAUUGAAAUUAUAAAUUACUUUUUAUAAAUUUAUUUAAAUUCAUAGCUUUUGUAUAAGUAUGAAUUUAUCGACAAUAAUAUUGUUUUUCACUGGUGUAUCUCGUUCAUUCAGUAAAUCAGCCAGUUCUUCUUAUUACGGUCAUUGAAAGAUUUUUUUAAAUAACCGUUUCCACUUGUCAUUGUCGUCACGUCUGUAAAAAGUGUGCAUAUAAUAUUCGCUGUCAUAAACGGAGAUGUACAUGAAACAAAUCCAUUUGAAUUUGUCUAAAUUGAAUUGUUUAAACAAAAGUCUAACAACAACGAGAAUAUUGUUGUUUACUCGUGCAUCUCAUUCAUUCAAUAAAUCAGCCAGAUAUUAUAACGGUCAUUGGAAGAUAUUUUUAAUACUGUCGCCUCAAGUGAUUGAUGUCACAUUCGAAUACGUGUAGAUAUUGGAUUGACUUUUAUAAACCGAUCUUUACACGAAAAAAAUCAACUUGCACUUACCGUAAUUGAACUAUUUUAAAUAAAUGUCACAACAUGGCAAUGAUGCAGUGAUAAAAGCCUAUCCCGUGGUUCGAACCCGGUACCUCUCGAUGCAAAAGCUAACAAGCUUCAAAUACACUAUCCAGACUUGUGAAUUUAAAUGGAAGCUCAAACGCUUUGAAGGUAAUACACGUUUAUGCUAAAUUAUCUAUGAAAAGCGUUUCAACCCUUAUUUUUUUCCCAUUAAUGAUUAUCAAUAAGCAAACAUGAAGUGUAACUUGGUCUGUUCGAAUAUAAUGCAUACAUUUUUUAAGAAUCUUUGCCUAAGUGUAAACAAGUCCCUUAAAAAUCUUUGGCAGAGACCGUAUGUUUCUACAAGAUAUAUUUGUAAAACAAAUCUUGGCUUGCUGUUUGGCUGAACAAAUUGUGAAUAAUCUCCUUGCUAUGUCAAUAUAAUUAAUACAAUAGCAUCUGCAUUGUACUUUAAUGUCGGACCGGCUAGCUCAGUUGGUAAAACGAUGGUCUACAAAUACGGUUUUGAUCACCCGUCUUUCUAUGGCCAUUCUCCCUCUACCUCUGAUUCUAGUACUAUAGAACAGAACAUACAGUUUAUUAAAACUUAUGCAAAAGAACAUCAUCUCAAUUUACGAAAUAUAAUACAAAAUAUUGUCAGUCACUGGCACAAGUAUGUGCAAUAAGUUCUGGUAAUCCAGCUGGCCCGAGAAAAGUGCGAGUGGGUUAACUGAUCGCCUUGAUGUAACUUAAAUACGGAUAAAAACGACGAAAAUUGUAGCCGAACAGACAAUACAACACUACUGAUGUAAGCUGAAAGUAUUAAUGGUUGGAAGCGAUAAUUGUUAAUGACGCUAUCUUUAAUAACUCAAAUAUCGUUGUUUAUUUGUUUGUAAGUACAUGUAACAAUGUAUGUGAAUUGCAUAUAUUUUGUUCUUAUAUUGUGUUCAUUACGUAUAGCACACUUAAAAAAAAUAUUCCAAUAAAAUUAUUGUCUCUUUU